AUGCCGCGCAUCCCAACCCUCCUCAACCCUCCGCGAGCUGCUGCCGCCGGCCCCAUCGUCACUAUGUCGCAAAACGCCUCACCUUCGCAGCCGCAGGAUCGCCUGCAGGCCGACCUUGAACCCAAGUCGUAUGCCGCGGCUGCCGAAAAACCCGCAGACGCCGGCCAGAAGAAGUCGAAGAGCAGCAAGAAGAAGAAGCAGGCCAAUGGCAUCGAGAAAGACGCCUCCGUGCCCCAGCCGCAGGACGACCUGCCCGUCCCGCAGCCUCCGGUCAGCGAAAAGUCUUUUGCAGAUGUUGCUGUCGCGCCGCCAGUGCAGUCCCAAGUAGAUGGUGUGAGCACACUCGUAAACGGACACACAUCAUCGGAGACACCAGAUGGACCAAAGGACGCAAGCAAGACGGAAGAUGAGAAGAAAGUGAUAUAUGAGAAGCUCGAGGGCCCGCACGGCGUGCGUCUUACCAGCGUGAAGCCUGACGACGAGUUCGAGAAGGAACAACGCCAAGAUGAGAACAAGGAGGAAAAGCCUGAGCUCACCAGCGGGAGAGAGGCUGGCAAGGGGUGGGAGCGCAGCAGCAUACGAUGGGCUCCUCUCAACGUGCCGCUGCACCGCCGCCUCCAGACCCUCAUGGUUCUCGUGCACUCUCUCUCCAUAGUCGGCAUGCUGACCAUCUUCUUCUUCCUUUGCUCCAUUCCCUUCCUGUGGCCUGUCCUCUUCCCAUACACCCUCUUCGUCCUCUUCUCCAGUGCCGGGCAAGAUGGCACACUUGCCUACCGCAAAGAAUGGAUUCGGCGCUUGCCCGUCUGGUCGCUCUAUGCGUCUUACUUCCCGGCGCGCCUACACCGCACGCAAGAGCUGCCAGCCACGCGCAAGUACAUCUUCGGCUACCACCCUCACGGCAUCAUCUCACACGGCGCCUUCGCCGCCUUCGCCACCGAAGCCCUCGGCUUCUCACAGCUCUUCCCCGGCAUCAUCAACACGGUCCUCACCCUGGACUCCAACUUCCGCAUCCCGCUAUACCGCGACUACGCACUCCGCCUCGGCAUCGGCAGCGUCUCGCGCGAGUCGUGCGAGAACCUCCUCAGCAAGGGCGGCCCCAACGGCGAGGGCAUGGGCCGGGCCAUCACCAUCGUCAUCGGCGGCGCGCGCGAGUCGCUCGACGCCGAGCCGGGCCGGCUGCGCCUCGUCCUCGCGCGGCGCAAGGGCUUCGUCAAGAUGGCCAUCCGCACGGGCGCCGACCUGGUCCCCGUGCUCUGCUUCGGCGAGAACGAGCUGUACGAGCAGCUGAACCCGCAGGAGCACCCGCGCGUCCACCGCUUCCAGCUGCUCGUCAAGAAGCUCAUGGGCUUCACCAUCCCCAUCUUCCACGCCCGCGGCGUCUUCAACUACGACGUCGGCAUGAUGCCCUACCGCCGCCCCCUCAACGUCGUCGUCGGCCGCCCCGUCCAGAUCGUCCAGAGCCAGAAGCCCGACCAGGCUUACGUCGACGAGGUGCACACCCGCUACGUCGAGGAGCUGCAGCGCAUUUGGGACGAGUGGAAGGAUACGUUCGCAAAGGAUCGCACGGGUGAGCUGGAGAUUGUGGAGUAG